AUGAUGACUCGCCGCGACGUCCUCCUCCCUUUCUUCCUCCUUCUAAUCGCCACCGUCUCCGUCGUCAUCUCCGCCGAAGAUGAUCCAGAUUGCGUUUACACAUUCUACCUCAGAACCGGAUCGAUCUGGAAAGCAGGAACCGAUUCGAUAAUCAGCGUUCGAAUCUACGACAAAUACGGCGAUUACAUCGGAAUCAAAAACCUACAAGCUUGGGGUGGAUUAAUGGGACCAGAUUACAAUUACUACGAGAGAAGUAAUCUCGAUAUCUUCAGUGGAAGAGCACCGUGUUUACCAAGUCCGAUCUGUGCUUUAAACCUAACCUCCGACGGCUCCGGUGACCACCAUGGCUGGUACGUUAAUUACGUUGAGGUCACGACGACUGGUGUUCACGCACAGUGUUCGACUCAGGAUUUCGAGAUUGAGCAAUGGCUUGCGACUGAUACUUCUCCUUAUGAACUCACCGCCGUGAGGAAUAAUUGUCCGGUGAAGCUUAAGGAUAGUGUUAGUCGGGUCGGGUCAGAGAUCCGGAAAAAACUUUCUUGGAUCGUUUGA